AUGAAGCAUUCUUCGACCACUAAACUGAUAAGGAAGCGUCCCACCGUGAAGACCUUCUCGCAUAAGAAGAUCAAGAACACCAUAUAUGUCAAAUCCAACACACCGUAUGUGAGUGCGUUGAAGCGUGUUAAUAAGUUUCUAGAGAGGCUGCAGAAGACAGGUGGGUCCACGCACAUAUCGCUACUUGGGAUGGGGAAAGCUAUAGAGAAGACACUCUCUAUUGGGUGCCAUUUCCAGACUGCUAAGGGUAGGAAGGUAGAUAUAUUGACCACGAGCGUAGAUGUCAUCGAUGAGCUGGAAGAAAUGGAGCAAGAGGAGGAGGAUAUUCUAGAUGAGGAUAAGGAGACGGUGCUGAAGAAGAGAACCAUCAGUGGAGUAGAAGUAAGGAUAUAUCUCUAA